UAUCAGCUUGAGUGCAAACUGCAAAGAGGCUACCGCCGUUUCGGAAGUUGCUUAUUUAGAGGUUGGAGUUGUGUCCUGAGGUAGACGAAGAGGGAGGCGGAGAGCGCGUGAGGCGUCUGGCGGCGGCUAGUUCCGAGUUCUGGCUUCUUGGGACGACCCGGGGACGAUUUCAUGAGAUCGGCUAAUUGUUCGAUGAAACGGGCCAAGCGAGAGAAGGCAGCGAAGGAGGCGGCUUCUCAGGGAAGCGAUGGCGCCAACAAGGAGGAGAUGGGUUCCUCCGGUUCGCGGCCGGCGAGCGCAGCGGCGGCGGGGGCGGAGGCGGAGGCGGUGGCGUACGUGGCGGCGGAGGAUGCCGACGCCCUCGAGUGCGGUGUGUGCUUCCACCCGCUCAAGCCCCCCAUUUUCCAGUGUGAUGAGGGCCAUGUGGUGUGCUCUCUGUGCCGUGACGAGCUCGCGCCAGCAGGCAAGUGCUAUGUGUGCGGCAUUGCCACACAUAAGUACAUAACUAUCACAGGUGCCACGCCAUGGAGCGCCUGUUGGAGUCCAUCCGUGUCUCAUGCCCGAAUGCAGCCCAUGGCUGUGCUGCCAGACCGGCGUACUAUGAUCAGUAUGACCACUAUCAAACGUGCCCACACGCUCCGUGCCACUGCCCGGGCAAGGACUGUAACUUCCUUGGCUCGACAGAAGCGCUCCUGGACCACUUCACCAGCGCACAUGGCUGGCCUUCCACCACCAAGAUCAGUGCCUUUGAGACAUGCUGCAUCUGCCUCUACGACGGAUUCAACUUCAUCCUCGCUGACUGCACUGAGGACGACGAUCAUUUUGCCACCAGCAGCAGCCGUCGGUACCUGUUCCUCCUGAACGUGACGCGGCAACCACUUGGCUGCUCCAUCACUGUGCAUUUCAUCGGUCGCGAGUCACCCUCAGAAGCACUAAGAUGUGUGCUCAAUUACUCACGGGUACUGUAUGACCCUCGUGAUCGUCAUAAGUACCUGGGCAGCCAUUCUCUACAAUCUGAGAUCGACGUGGAAUGCAUGGAUCUCUCCAAUGGGCUGCCCAACCCUGAGGACUGCUUCCAGUUUGUCGUGCCAGAUUCUGUUCUUAGAAAGAACGACAAGAAGGAUGGUAUCCACGUCGAAGUCCGUAUCAGCAUCAUCAAUCUGGAGUAGUCUUUGUUUUUGUUAAUUAGGACCUCAUGUUGUCCACCACCAGUUUCUUUCUUGGUGGUUCUAUGUGCAUGCAAGAGUUGAUUUCGAGUCAAGUAACAUGGCGAUGACAUGAGUUCCAAAACAAUAGAAGCAUGUCUUGACAUUUUGGUUCUGUUGUAGAGACUAACAUCAACAAGUCCCUUGAUUUAUUUGGAUGCCUAUAUGUUGAUGGAGACAGUAAUAAUAUAAGCUGUAAUUUGCAUUUUUGCAUUCUGAA